AUGAACUUGCUGGAGCGAUUCAAGAAGCGCUUAGCUUCAUCUAAUCAGUCGGCGAUCUUACAUGACAAAAAAAUAGAAAUCAAAGAAGAGGAGAAGAAGGAAGAGGAAGAAGAAGAGAAGAAGUUUGGCAUAGAUUUGGAUGCAGAAGAUGUCGUGGGCGAUGACUGGAUGGGCCAUAAGUUCGAGGCCGAAGAUGAGGAUCCAAAACUUUCGAAAGCAAAAGAUGCUAAUCUGAGAGAGGAGAGUGAAGAUUGGUAUGACAUUAGUGAUCCCAGAAACAAAAUGAAUCAACGGCGACGGGGAGAGAUCUGA